AUGCCCAUCUGCAUCGAAUGCUCUUAUCCGGUCUCCCACCUGUACAGCGCUUACAGUCGUGCCGAUGACCGGUCUCAAGGCAAGGGCGUGCGACUGACGCAAUGCCCGCGAUGUCAGCGAUUUGCCGACAAAUACGUCGAAUAUGACUUCGUCGUGCUGUUUAUUGACUUGGUGCUGAUCAAACCCCAGGUCUACCGGCACCUUCUCUUCAAUCGGCUCGGACGCGACGACAACCAAUUCGAUCGAUCAAUCAUUCGCCUCGGUGUUCUCCUGCUCCUCUUUGACGUCUACCUAACCUGGGCACGUAUCGAAAAGGAUCCAUCUCUCGCAGCGACCUUCCUCUCACGCGCUCCCAUUGUCGUCCAAUACCUCUUCUUCCUAAGCUUGAAUGCCGCCGCAACCCUCGCGCACCACUUAACGGUCCGUCUGCUAGCUUCAAUACUGGUUCCAAAGUCCCGCCGGUAUAGCCGCCCAGACAACAGCAACAAUGCCCCAACAAGCACAGGCGAAGCCACUCCCUUCCCUUCAGGACCUCCAACCCCAACAAUCCGACCCUCACCAUCCGCUGUCUCAGUAACGGCACAAGCGCAGAACCAAGCAAACUUCCUGGCAAGCCCACCAAAGGCCACUCAAACCUCGGGCACACACAGCGAGGCCACCUCUCCAAUCGAUGGCCAACCACCACCAAUCCCACCACCACGCCCAGCUCCACCAUUACGUCGUGCCUCAACAGCCCCGCUACAGAAUAUUCAGCCCCUCCCUCCUCCAAUAGCAGCAAGCCCUGCGGCAAUUAGCACAGCAUUGCUAGUAAGCAGCUGCGCGAAGCUGUUCCCCAUCCUCCUCGUAAUCUGGGGCGCCGACGGCAGCGGGAGCCUGUCCAACAUCCCAGCGCAUAGCCAAACAGCAGCGACACUUCGAUCUGCGACACAAACUGCUACCAUGUCCAGCGCUGUCCAUCAGAGUCUAUACUCCAAAGCUACAACUGCCUCUUUUGUCCUCUCAGCAAAAGCAGCAGUCUCGGUCUCUCCCUCUGCCACCCCGGUCCAUACUUCAUUCCUGAAGUCGUGGCUUGGGGGUAUGGCUUCGUCUCUGCAGAGUUCUACACCGACAAGCCAUCUGACUGGACUGUUUGAUUUGCUUACCUCGAUGCUUUCACUUGGUGUUGUUGAUACGCAUCUUGUGCUAUUGAGUAAUAUUGAGGCGUUGUAUAUCUUGCUCGGGUGUGGUUAUUUGCGUGCUGUUGCUGUUGCGGUUGCUGGACAGGUUGCGCGGUGGGUGGUGCAGAGAGUUAUUCUGGGUGCUAUUGGGGUUGGAUAA